ACCGCGAAGCCUGAGCCUUAGGUCGCUAGUUAUUUCGCCAUGGCUGCGUUAGGUGGGGGCGUUCGGGAGCACGAGGAGCCGGUACUAUUCCGCAGGGGUACCGGACAGAGCGAUGAUUCUGACAUAUGGGAUGAUACAGCAUUAAUAAAAGCAUAUGACAAAGCUGUGGCUUCAUUUAAGAAUGCUUUAAAGAAUGGUGAAAUUUCUGAAACUUCAGACAAACAAAAAAGUACUGGACCAAAAAGAAAAAAUAUUAAGAACAGAAACAAGAAAAAACCUAACCCAACCUCAUUGAAGCAGUGGAAAGUUGGUGAUGCUUGUUGUGCAGUUUGGUCUGAAGAUGGCAACCUGUAUCCAGCUACUAUUGCAUCAACAGAUCAGAAGAGAGGCACGUGUGUUGUAGUUUACACUGGCUAUGGAAAUAAAGAAGAGCAGAAUCUUUCAGAUCUUCUUCUUCCAAAUAGUGAAGGAGUUCAUGAGGAGGAAACUAUUCAUGAAAAUGAAAAUGAAAGUCAAAGUCAGUAUUCAACAGAUGAAAGUGAAAAAUCUUCCAGAUCGCCUGGAAACAAACAGAAUCGUAUCAAAUCCAAAGCUGGUCAUUGGAACUCUUAUUUCCCUCCUCCACCACCACUUCCCCUUCCAGUACCAGGGCUGGGCAAGCCUGGACUGAAAUUCAGUGGCCCACCACCCUUUCUCACAGGCUGGCCCCCUCCAUUUCCUUCAGGACCACCAUUGAUUCCUCCACCACCUCCCAUGUCUCCCGAUUCUCCUGAAGAUGCUGAUGCUUUGGGAAGUAUGUUAAUAGCCUGGUACAUGAGUGGCUAUCAUACUGGUUACUAUCUGGGCUUAAAACAACAUCAAAAAGAAGGAAGGCAUCAGCACUUCAAUUGAGUACAAAUCUCUCCCAAGGAGAGUGGCAUUUUAUCCUGUCCUGGUUGCGAAGAACAAAGUUGAUUUUUUUUUUUUCCCACCCCUUCAAGAAGACUUGACUGGAGAGUGCAGUCCAUUGUAUAACUGUUGAAUAUGUUCUUAUGUACACAGGUUUUUAAUUAAUCAGCAAAAUAUAUUUAGAAAAAGGGAUGUUUGCAUAGUUGAAUAAAACUGGGAAUGUGAAAGUCA